CACAUUCACGAAAUCAUGAGACUGUUUGUCUCAUAUUUCACGGGGAACUAUUACCUGAGACACCGCUUCGACCAGCGUCGUAUCAACAAGCGGAAGUGUAUGGACAAUCUACUCCGAUGUUUAAGUUUUCCCGUUGUGUCUCUUCUGGUUGUGCAUUUUGUAGCUGAGAGCCGUGUCGGUGGCGCAGUGUGUGGCGGCCCGUACGCUUAUAAUGGGAGGCCAGUUCAUAUACCAGCAGAGGAGUAUGCCAAGUACUGCUGUAAGGCGGACAAAUACGGCUCAUGGACCUCAUCCUCCCGGUUCGACUGUGCCUCGGAAGGCGGGUGUUGUGGGGAAGUCGACAAGCAGUACUGCUGUGAUCGAGACAAAUUUGGUUCCAGAAUUGCUCUUCAGCUGGGACUUGGCAUAACAGGUGGUGCCCUGGUAUUGCUGGCCAUCAUCGCGCUCAUCGUUUACUGUUGUAUAAGGUCUUUCUACAGUGACCUGAAUGAGGAAAUCUACUGUGACGGAUGCUGCAUAUGCAGAGUUCGACGCAAAGAACAAAGAAUCAAUUAUUGGGACGAAGUGGCACGUGAUGGCCACAGGACUACACAACAGAGAUCCGUCAUUUCUUCCACCGAUGAGCCUGACACCGACCCUGAGCCUAUCUCACUUAUGGUCCCAACAGCACCCCCAACGGAGACCCCAACAGCACCCCCAUCAGCGCCCCCUGCAUACGAUCCACGUGCAGAGCUGGAUGCCCCACCGCCGUCCUACUCCGACGUCAUACGGAACCCGCACAUAUUCCCGCAGACUGGGAAGCGCCACGCUUCAACUACUGUAUGACUGGUUUGACGUUCUUUCACGUCACGGGACGGUGCGGUAGCGUAGUGGUUAAAGCGUUCGCUCGUCACGCAGAAGACUCUGGUUCGAUUCCCCACAUGAGUACAAUGUGAAGCCCAAGUCUGGUGUCCCCCGCCGUGAUAUUGCAGGAAUACUGCUACAAGCGGGGUAAAACCACACUCACUCAUUCGCUUUCACGUCACAGAAGACGUAACGCGUGGGUAACUGCAUACCUCACAUUACGUUUGUACGUACAACGGGGUGGCUGGUAGCGCUGUGGAUAAAGCGUUGGCUUGUCAUGGCGGAGACCCUUGUUACUGCACAUUGAUACAAUGUGUGAGGCCUGGUGUCCUCUGCUAUUGAUGGACUAGUGCUGAAAGGAGCCUUAAACAAUAAUCAUUCCUCCAAAAUAUAUAGAGAGAAAUCUUGUAAAGGAUUCUCUCUGUGACACAGUGGCCAUCUAUGGCUCACAAGUGUAAUAAAUAACACAAGCACACCCCUUGUAAGAGAAAUCAUACGAAAUUAACGUAUCAUGUGCUUUAGCAGUUCGUUCCUCUGCCUGACGAUCAAUCUGCGUUACACACUUAGAAUCUCAUCAAGCAAUACACUUUACAAAGAACGUUAGUUCUGUCAUACUGGUAUUGGAGACACAGUAUAUGUUUCAAUGAGUAAAGACAGAUUUUAUUCUGAUAUAGACAUGUAAGUCGAAAUAUUUCUCCCUGACCUGUCGGUUUUCAAAGGCUCUGAACAUCGUAUUUUUGAAUUGUGCCUUAGCAUUCGUUGCUUGGUUUUCUGUCCCCGAGAUUUGGGUUAAUGUCAGUCGUGAGAGGAGGACGUUGGUGAUGUAUAUAUACCCCAUAACACGAAUAUUACCAAUGACGUAUGUUACCCCUGGCAGAGAAUCAUAUACAGUGAACUGCUUUUAUGACGAACAUUCCUAAAACGAGCUCCGGAUAUACCGAACUGUUGUUAUUUGCUGUAUAUGUUAUCCAAAAUACGUACGACCAACUACGGUUAUACCGAACUACAAUUAGUGGUCCCUUUGAAUUCGUUAUAACCGUAAAUUUCACUAUAGUUUCAAAAUCUCAAGUGUGUUGGAGAACACAUAUCAAUUUCUUGAAAAGGUUUUUCGAAAGAUUUAUAAAUCAGUAUUGCCUAUUUCGAGAAUGUUUG